GCAGGCGCGCCGACUGCUGGGAGCUUUGGUUGGGGUGGUGGGGCUAGUGCCGGUUGCCGUGUCCUGCUCCCUUUGACGCCCCCCUAGCGCGAAUAGCCGUCGCCAUGUCGUCGGUGAGCCCUAUCCAGAUCCCCAGCCGCCUCCCGCUGCUGCUCACCCACGAGGGCGUGCUGCUGCCCGGCUCCACCAUGCGCACCAGCGUGGACUCGGCCCGCAACCUGCAGCUGGUGCGGAGCCGCCUGCUCAAGGGCACGUCGUUGCAGAGUACUAUCCUGGGGGUCAUCCCCAACACGCCCGACCCGGCCAGCGACGCGCAGGACCUGCCGCCGCUGCACAGGAUUGGGACGGCUGCCCUGGCGGUUCAGGUUGUAGGCAGCAACUGGCCCAAGCCCCACUAUACUUUGCUGAUUACAGGCCUGUGCCGUUUCCAGAUUGUGCAGGUCUUGAAGGAGAAGCCAUAUCCUGUUGCUGAAGUGGUACAGUUGGACCGGCUUGAGGAAUUUCCCAACACCUGUAAAACUAGGGAGGAGCUAGGAGAACUAUCAGAACAGUUUUACAAAUAUGCAGUACAGUUGGUGGAAAUGUUGGAUAUGUCUGUCCCUGCAGUUGCUAAAUUGAGACGCCUUUUAGAUAGUCUUCCAAGGGAAGCAUUACCAGACAUUCUGACCUCAAUUAUUCGAACAAGCAACAAAGAGAAGCUCCAGAUUUUAGAUGCUGUGAGUCUAGAGGAGCGGUUCAAGAUGACCAUACCGCUGCUUGUCAGACAAAUUGAAGGCCUGAAAUUGCUUCAGAAAACCAGAAAACACAAGCAAGAUGAUGAUAAGAGGGUUAUAGCAAUACGUCCUAUUAGAAGGAUUACACACAUCCCAGGUGCCUUAGAAGAUGAGGAUGAGGAUGAAGAUCAUGAUGACAUUGUCAUGCUAGAGAAAAAAAUACGAACAUCCAGUAUGCCAGAGCAGGCCCACAAAGUCUGUGUCAAAGAGAUAAAAAGACUCAAAAAAAUGCCUCAGUCGAUGCCAGAAUAUGCUCUGACUAGAAAUUAUUUAGAACUUAUGGUGGAACUUCCUUGGAACAAAAGUACAACUGACCGUCUGGACAUUCGAGCAGCCCGGAUUCUUCUGGAUAAUGAUCACUAUGCUAUGGAAAAAUUGAAGAAAAGAGUGCUGGAAUACCUGGCUGUCAGACAGCUGAAAAACAACCUGAAGGGCCCCAUUCUUUGCUUUGUUGGCCCUCCUGGAGUUGGUAAAACAAGUGUGGGAAGAUCAGUGGCCAAGACUCUUGGUCGAGAGUUCCACAGGAUUGCACUUGGAGGAGUGUGUGAUCAGUCCGACAUUCGAGGACACAGGCGUACCUACGUUGGCAGUAUGCCUGGUCGUAUAAUCAAUGGCUUGAAGACUGUUGGGGUUAACAAUCCAGUGUUCCUAUUAGAUGAGGUGGACAAACUAGGAAAAAGUCUGCAGGGUGAUCCUGCAGCAGCUCUGCUUGAGGUGUUGGAUCCUGAACAAAACCAUAACUUCACAGAUCAUUAUCUAAAUGUGGCCUUUGACCUUUCCCAAGUUCUUUUUAUAGCUACUGCCAACACAACUGCUACUAUUCCACCUGCCUUGUUGGACAGAAUGGAGAUCAUUCAGGUCCCAGGGUAUACACAAGAAGAGAAGGUCGAGAUUGCCCACAGGCACUUGAUCCCAAAGCAGCUGGAACAGCAUGGGCUGACUCCUCAGCAGAUUCAGAUCCCACAGGUUACUACUCUUGACAUCAUCACCAGGUAUACCAGAGAGGCAGGGGUUCGCUCUCUGGAUAGGAAGUUUGGAGCCAUUUGCCGAGCUGUUGCUGUGAAGGUGGCAGAAGGACAACAUAAAGAAGCCAAGUUGGACCAUUCUGAUGUGGCUGAGGGAGAAGGUUGUAAAGAACACAUCUUAGAAGAUGCAAAACCUGAAUCUAUCAAUGACACUACGGACUUAGCCCUACCACCCGAAAUGCCGAUUUUGAUUGAUUUCCAUGCUCUGAAAGACAUCCUUGGGCCCCCAAUGUAUGAAAUGGAGGUGAUCAUUCUCAUUUCCUUUGUUGAUACCCACCAAUUUAUUCUGAUAGUUGCUUCAUGGAUUGGGAGAGAGGUAGAACCGGGUGGUUUGGGAGGCUGAAUUUUGUCCACAGAUUGGAAACUUAUUUUCUCUAUGGUAGUGAAUUUUAGUGCUUUAUGUGAUAAUAAGGCUUUUUUAGAGAGCCAGGGACCUUGUCCAUAUGCUCUUCUGGAAACUCGAUCUGAGCUCAUUCUCUGCCUUCUAGUUCCAUUUUAUGAACAGUGUCUGACUUUCCUCCUUAGAAAUUCUAUAUUCCUAUUAAUUCCUAAUUAAGGAUUUUUUUGUGUGUGCUAUCAAAGGCUUGGGAGACAAAGGUAGGCAAACAGACUAGUACAGAAUAUCUGAAAACAUGAGCCUAGCGUUAGCUUCAGACCCAGAUGGUAUCUUUGUCCAGACCCAGAUGGUAUCUUUCAAAUAUCUGUCAUUUCAUUGUUAAUAAGUUUUAAGUUUCUUUUAGGUCAGAGCCACGAGCCCUAUUUCCAUCUUUUUUCCUAACUGUCCCUCACAGCGGAGUGUCCAGUCAGAAAGGCCUGAGCCCUAAGACUGAGUUGAGGCAGCUGGAUGGAGAGGUAUUGAAUCUAUGCCUACUGAGGGAUUUUAAUACAUUUCAGAGGAUUCUUAUGUGAGCUUAAUUUAUGGGUCAGUUACUAGAAAAGAAUUUUAUUAUACUACUGAACAUAGCAUCUUUCUUCAGAAGCUUUACCAUCACUUCCUCCUUUCAGUUUAAGGAAAAACAAGAUUUUCAGGAGAAUAAAUCUGAUAAAUUAUGCAGAAGAUAAUCUCUUCAUCUGAUUUUUAAAAUCACGAGUAGAUAAGGUUUUCCUCAAGUCUUAAAACUGAGGAAAGGAAAAAUAGUCCCCAAACCCAUCUUGUUUAUCUGUUUAAACUCUGAGCUGCAUUAAAGCUAAUGAGCCUCUCUGUAAAACUCUGUUACAAGAAUAGAAAUUUGUACUCUCAACAGUAAAUCUGGUCUUGAACAGUCGAAUCAGAGGCAAAUUGGGUAUUUGAAUUCUUCAGUUAUCAUGGAUUUAAAUUUUGAAAUGUUGUAAGAAAUGGAGCAAAACUUUCUUUGGUGGAGAAAGUGAACAAAACCUGCUUUUCUGUUCUGAGAGAAUGCAGUUGCCUUGAAAGUAAAGAUGCAAACAGGUUCUGACUCCUGCAUUUCCAGUGGGCUUUUUUCUCUAAGCUUUCUGGAACAGUACGUUCCAGCAGUCCUUUGGGAAUUUAAACUAGAGCAACAGAUAAAAACAAAAUAUCAAUAUGUGUUUCUGUUGCAUAUACCCUUCUCUCCUGGCCAUUUCUGCUAUUAGGUUUGGAAGCAUUGUUGACAUUCUUGGAGCUUUGACCAAAAAAAAGAGGAAAAGAACAGAAAUGAGAAAUGUCACAAAUACUGUUCAGCAGCUCUAGAGAAACUCAUUUUAUUUCCCCUUGGGCAUCUGAGCACUUUCACCAACAUGAAUCUGAAAGGUAGAGUCCAGUGGCCAUUUUGCCUUUAUAAAUAGCAUCUUAGAAUGGUAGGUCUGGUACUUGGGAGUUUGGGACAUUUCGUUCAUCUUUUCCACACUUGAGAGACUUCACCCUGUAGCCUGGGGUUUCUGUCUGCUUCUAGUGGUCUGAUGACCUUCAGCUCCAAACUUCUUAAUAAGCCUUGCCUGAGCUUUUGCAUCUCCAAGAUUAAGAUUUAUGGAACAUCUCUUUGUUGUCCCUGAGGGCCAUGACUGUGCUGGGAGUCUUCCAUUUUACACCAGGGAAGAAGUCUGAAGAGAUCAAAUGAGAUUAAAUCCAUAAGGUACAAAUGGCAAAGUCAGUAUUCAGACUCCGACCAGCUGAUGGCAAGUCUAGUAUUCUUUCUGCUCUUCUUCAAUACUGUGUCAGACCAAGCUAAUUCCUGCCCUUCUCUGCUAAAAGAGAAUGGCUUGAAGUAUGGCAGUUCCAAAAAAAAACGCCAUCUGCUCUACGUCAGAUUUUUGUUUAUAUUCUUACCAAAUGUAGUGCUGUGUUUUGGAAUGGGAGAGGUUGGGAUGGGUUUCUUGGCUACUUUUUGUGUAUAUCUGUUAGGUAUCAGGCACCACAGAAGACCCUCUCACAAGUAAGACAUCUUUGAAUCCUCAGUUAUGGCCUCUUUCCAAGAACAGAUGAGGAAACAGGCUUAGAGUGUUUAAAUAACUUGCAAGAAGACACAUCUUUUGCCAGAACUGAGAUUUGGUUCAGGCCUGACUCCAGAGGUGUGAUCUGUCUCUCACGUGAGAGAGAUGGAGCACCAGCACCUUGGUUCUCACAGGGGAUUCACAGUGGCCAGUCUUUGUCGCUCUUCAUGCACUCCCAGGUAAAAAGUCUGCAGAGACAUUACACUAAGAAUGUUGGAGUAUGUGUAGAGGUGAUCCCACAGUGUUAUAAGGCACCUUUUUUGGUUUAAAUGCCUAUGUUCUCCAUAAAGAUAAAAGUCUAGGGUCUGUCAUUUUCUUCUAGAGUUUCAUUCAUUCAGUGAAUAGUCAUUAAGGCGCUGCUGGCAAAUACGGUAGUGAACAGGCAGGAUUCAGUCUCUCCUUUCAUGAUACUUUCAUAGCAAAAAUGAACAGGUUAACACAUAAUUCCAGGUUGAGGGUGGUGCUGUAAGGAAGGCACACAGGCAGGACUGACGUCAGGGCCACUGCUCCAGCACCAUUGGAGGCUCAUUUUAUAGGUAGACUCGGGCUUGCUGGUGGAUGAUGGACAGGGAACAAAGGAAACAGUCAUCAGGUGGGAGCAACAGGAUCUUCGGAUGGUGGUGCCAUCUACUGAGGCGGGAAAGACAGGCAUGGAGGGCAAGGGCUGGUGCUCCGUUGUGAACAUGUUAAGUGUGAAAUGUCCGAGGCACAGGAAAGGCGACGUGUGGACAUGCAGGCCUGUCCCUCAGAGGAGAGGUCUAAGGUGGAGGUAUAAAUUAAAGAACUGUCAGAAAAGAGAGGAUAUUUAAAGUCCCAGAAAUGUUGAGGUCACCAGAGGGAAAAGUGUACCUAGAAAAAAGCAAGUAGCCUUGGGGCAGGCCCUAAAGAUGCCAACAGUUAGGGUCAUGGAGAAGAAGAGGAGCCCUGGGGGGAAAGAAAAGU